CAAACAUCUUAAUUUAAAUCCACAAAGCUUUGUAUAAUGAAAAGAAAGAUAUAAUUUUAACUCAACCCAAGUGUUUUCCAAGCAGAUUGUAUUUGCUUAAAUUGCUACAGUAACUCAAGGAACAGCCCUGUCUGCAUACAGAGUUACUGUGGAUUUUUAAGAGACUCAGUUAAAGAAUUUAGGAAUUUCUGAAUCAUUUAAAGGAUUUGCAAAUUCAUCAACCCCCGAAAACUAAAGCAAACUCAACAGAUAGUGGCCAGCCCUAAAGAACUGAGCAGCUGGCAAGAAACCCAACAUUUCCAGGGGAACACCGAGUGGUCGCUAAGUGAAGUGUCCUCACUGUAAAUCUGCACUCUAGACAAAAAAGAACAUGGGCUUUUCAAGUCCAGUGUAUGUGUUUCUAUUCUUUUUUGGUGUCAAAGUGUAUAGCCAAUAUGAAACUUAUCAAUGGGAUGAAGAAUAUGACCAAGACCCAAGUGAGGAUUACCAACCAGAAUUCCAGUUUCAUCAAAAUAUAGAAUAUGGAGCUCCUUUCCAUCAGUAUACUUUAGGCUGUGCCAGGGAAUGCUCCUGUCCAUCUAACUUUCCAGCAUCAAUGUACUGUGUCAACCGUAAGCUCAAGACUAUCCCAAAUAUUCCUGCGCACAUUCGGCAACUCUACCUUCAGUUCAAUGAGAUUGAAGCUGUGACUGCAAAUUCAUUUAUCAAUGCCACUCAUCUUAAAGAAAUUAACCUCAGCCACAACAAAAUUAAAUCUCAAAAAAUAGAUUAUGGUGUGUUUGCCAAGUUUCCAAACCUACUACAACUUCACUUAGAACACAACAAUCUAGAAGAAUUUCCAUCACCUCUUCCUAAAUCUCUGGAAAGACUCUUCCUUGGUUACAACAACAUCUCUGUACUGCAGACAGAUGCCAUGGAUGGGCUAGUCAACUUAACCAUGCUUGAUCUCUGUUACAAUCAUCUUCACGAUUCUAUGUUAAAAGAAAAAAUUCUCGCCAAAAUGGAAAAAUUAAUGCAGCUCAACCUAUGCCAUAACAGAUUAGAAUCAAUGCCUCCUGGUUUGCCUUCUUCACUUAUGUAUCUAUCUUUAGAAAAUAACUCAAUUUCUUCUAUACCAGAAAAUUACUUUGACAAACUUCCAAAACUUCAUGCUCUAAGAAUUUCACACAACAAACUGCAAGACAUCCCAUAUAACAUUUUUAAUCUCUCCAACCUUGUAGAGCUCAACGUUGGACAUAAUAAAUUGAAGCAAUCAUUCUACAUUCCAAGAAAUUUGGAACACUUAUACCUAGAAAAUAAUGAAAUAGAAAAUGUCAAUGUAACAGUGAUGUGUCCUUCUGUUGACCCUCUACAUAACUACCAUUUAACAUAUCUUCGUGUAGAUCAAAAUAAGCUCAAAGAACCAAUAAACUCAUACAUCUUCUUCUGCUUCCCUUACAUACACAGUAUUUAUUAUGGUGAACAACGAAGCACUAAUGGUCAAACAAUACGCCUGAAAACCCAAGUUUUCAGGCGAUUUCAAGACGAAGAUAGUGACGAGCAUGAUGAAAGUGAUGGUGCCCAGGACAGCCACGAGCAAGGAGCGGAAGAGCAUUUUGAUCCUCAUUACUAUGACAGUCAAGAAUGGCAAGAAACUGUAUAGAUAUAUGCUAAUGACUUCACAAAACCUCAGUAUUGAAAAAUCUAAGCAUGUAUUGCUCAAAGAAAUAUAUCUAGUAUUUCAUAUUAGUAUGUGAUCAGAAUUACAAUUAAGUUGUUGGUGACAUUUAUAUCAAUAUAUAGGAUUAGAACUUACUCAAAGCAACAGAAAUUUUUACACAUAAAAAUUAGAACAGCCGUAAGCUCAAGACUAUCUCAAAUAUUCCUGUGCACAAUCAGCAACUCUACCUUCAGUUCAAUGAAAUUGAAGCUGUGACUGCAAAUUCACUCAUCAACGCCUCUCAUCAAAAUCAAAAACUAAGCUUUAAAGCUUACACUCUUUAAAAAUGGAAAUAUGUUGAGAAAUUCAGUGAGUGUACCAUUUCUAUCAGUACUUUUAUUAUUAAUCUAUUAGUAAUUAGUGAUUUUUAUUAAUAAAUUUUCUAGGACUGAGGAGGAAAGUAACAUUGGCAGAGAAGACCUGAAAGCCUGUCCUUUUAAUGACUAGAGGACAAUGUUUGAAUUACUGAAGGGCAAAUUAAUGUAAUGAACAGUCAUUCAUUCAAGCAACAGAUUUUUUUAACCUCAUAUCAAGAAAAGCCUUCACACUUGUGUUUGUAUUUGUGACCUUUUCACUAGGGCAUCCAUCCCCUAGGCUAACCUCUUAGAGCACAAAAUUAGUUUUUGAUUUUCAAGGGGCAUCUGUGUUUAUAAUAUUCAUAUUUUGAUUUUCAUCUAUAGUUCCUGGCUCAUAAUUCCUUCCCCAAGGCAGGCCAUAGAAAUCAGAAUUUCUCUUCCUCAUAGCAGGUCACAAAAACUCUCCCUGCUCCUGUCUUAGAGCUGGACAAAAGAAAUUUUCUGAUCUACUUUUGGCUACAGUAAGUCACAAGAUAAUCCUCAUUCCAGGGAUGUCCUGCCUCAUAGCCUGCAGGGUAGAAGGGUGCACAGAGAGGAAAGAAAGAAUCUGAUCAGAUAGGCUUUGCAGGGGUUUCCCACUUAGUCUAUUAGCAAUCAUGUAUGUGAAAUCAAAUGUUGGUAAAAACACAAGAGGACAGGGUCUGCAGAGCUCCUGGAUAAAUGAAUACAUGAAGGUUCCUGGAAGGUGUUGCCUGGAGGUGGAAUGGAAGUCUGCACAGUUUCCCCUAUACUGUGCACUAUGCAUGUCUUUAUCUGUAUCUUUUGUAAUAAACCAAAUGAAUGCAAGUAAUAUUUCCCGGAGUUCUGUGCACUCAAGAAAAUUAAUCAGAACCCAAGAAGGGGUGUUGGGGGGACACUGAUUUAUAGCCAAUUGGUCAGAAGCAUAAGUAAAGCUACUUAGGGCUUGUGAUUGGUAUCUAAAGUGGAGUAGGGGUAAGCUUGGAGACUGAGUCCCCAACAUGUAGGGUCUGACAGUGUCUCCAGGCAAACAGAGUCAGAAUUGAAAUGGAAAACACCAAGUUAUUGUUCAUUGCAGAAUUGCUUGGUUGUUGGGAGAAGUCCCACAUCUUUUGAAGUCAUUGAUGUCUUUGUGUUGACUAUUUUGUGAGAGGAGAGGAAAAAAAAAAAUAAAAGGUUUGUUUAUCCAACAUAGAUUAUCCUACAAUUGAUCUAAGACAUAUAAACUCACAAAAUCAAGUAAUCUAGUUUUUUGUCUCAGAACACCAAACACACCAAAGCAAGAAAAUGAUAAAC